UGUGCUUCUCAAUAUAAUUGUCUUCUCAGUAUAAUUGCCUAAAACUCCGCUUGCUAAGGUUUCCAGAUUUUCCACGAGUAUAUCGCUAAAUUUCUCCAAGGAUGUACCGUCGUUGUACUUAUCCGCUCGUUUUACUCCUAUAUGUAUUUCUGAUACUGGAAAUUUUGUUUGCCGUUGAAUGUGUGACGGACGACCUGGAAACCGAAUGCAGCCAGACUUCUGACUCUCUUAAAAGUGAAUCCGCACCAUCCCUCAUUCCAUUCCGUACAGAUGGCCUCACAAGAGCUGAAUUCUGUCUUUCCUUUGCUAAACAGACCAGUUGCAUUCAAGCGACGUUUGGCUUAACUUAUAAAAUGGACAACUGCAACAACGCCACCGACAGCGAAGUCUGGGCACAUCCAUGCAAAGCACUAUUUAAUAAAACAUACAUUGAUUUAAGCUGUCCUACCAAAGAAUGCGAAGACAUGAAGACAAUAACCACAUCUAUCAAUAUGAUAAGCCCGACACGAGCAAUAGCGCUGAAACUGUACGACAAUACCGAUGACAGAUGGCUGGCCAUUCAUAAGGACAUAACUGCACCGGUGCGGAAUCAAGUUAUUCAACUGUCAGUUUUCUUUUGCAAAUCGCCCAACACCACUGUAAAAGUGUAUGCACUGGGAAUGCUGCCGAACGUUCUACACUUCCAGUUGGGCUGGUUUUGUCACGGUUUGCGGAUCAGAAAAGCAGAUUUCUCGCGGAUGCCGCAAGUGCGAGUCAUUCAGUUUACCAUGUCAACGACGAUUGCCGAAAUGGAACCAUACACUUUCACCGAUCUGAGCAAUCUGCAGAUCUUGACACUGGAAGGUGAAAUUGCUGGGAACCUAUUUUCACGUGCCGAGAAUGAUCACAGUGAAGCUAGAAGUUCCUUACCAGAUCAUGUAUUCGAGCACAUUCGCCGCCUGCACUGUGCCUGCUCGUUCGCGUGGUUCCGAAAUUUCCUCAAGAAAAAGCCGCACCUGACUGCUGCGAUAAGGAAAGGUCAGUUGCUGAAAGUCGGGAGUUUCGUGCUGCCUGAGGACGACAUUCGGGCUCCCGGAAGUUCCGCUAAUUUGACAGCUCUCUCCCGUCGUGAGCUAGAUAGCUUUAGUAUAUCGAUCGAAAUCUUUCAAAAUAAAUGGUCGCCGGUGCUAAGUGUCAACUGUGAUGAAGAACUUAACUGGGAAAACACCCAAGCGGGUGAUCUGUUCUCCUACAACACAUCUUGCUACAACUUGAAUUGCUAGUUUAACCAAACUGGCCUCUUUGUACUGGAGAAUAGAGUGAACUUAUUUCCUGAUGCAGUUUUCCCGACAUGU